GUCGUGUACCCGCUAUCGAUUUAUUACUAUGCUGACAGCAUCUAUAGCUCAGCAGGAGUGACUGACGAGCACGUUCAGUAUGUGACGGCUGGAACAGGAGCAGUUAAUGUCAUGACAAUAGCAGCUGUGUUCAUAGUGGAGAAAUCUGGCAGAAAGUUGUUGCUACUGAUCGGCUUUGGUGUCUGCUGUGGAGCCUGUUCUUCUGACUGUAGCACUUUACUUCCAGACUACACUGGACUGGAUGCCCUAUGUCAGUAUCAGCUGUGUCAUUGUUUACGUCAUCGGACAUGCUAUUGGAGUUCACACCAAUCCCGUGCUAUUCCUAAUGUAAUCACUACAGAGAUGUUCCGGCAGUCUUCUAGACCACCAGCCUUCAUGGUGGCUGGCUCGGUUCACUGGCUCUCAAACUUCACAGUCGGCCUGGUCUUCCCCUUUCUAGAGAGAGGCCUGGGCGCUUACAGCUUCAUCAUUUUUGCCUGCAUCUGUCUUGCCACACUUAAAUACAUCUGGGUGAUCAUCCCAGAGACCAAAAACAAUACCUUCCUGGACACCAGCAAGCUUUUUGCUCAGAGAAACAAGGUGGACAUUGUGGUGGAGGCUGGGGACUCUGAGGUCGAAGAGACUAGAGGGGAAAGCAGCGAACAGGAAAUGAAAAACACAUUUCUCUGAAUGGAUAAGGAGUUGUUUACACAGGACAUGUUCUUGCGUUUGUCUGCAAUGCUUUGAAUUGUUUUAAUGCACUUUAUUUUUUUAGUGUCUUCCAAGAACAGGUCCUGUAUUAUAACAUUAAAAUAUUGUGCCUUUUCAUUGUCAUCUUUAU